UUGUCCUUCGCAGACUCCCCCCCUCCACUUCGUGCCUGUUGCUAGGCAGACUUCGCACCUGGCCGCACCUGUGGGGCAGGCCUUUGAGGGGAGGGGGGUACAGUUGUGCCUCACUGAACACUAGGGAGGGGGCAGGCUGCGCUGGGCCAAGUUUACCCCCCUCCCCCACCCUAUUUUGGGGUGUUAGUGGGAUGGGCUGAAUUUACCCCUCCCCCCUGCUUGGUGUUACUGUUUUGGGGAGGUGCUGACCACCCCCUCCAUUUUUGGGGGUGGGUGGGAUCCAUUAGCGUCAGGGGCAGAGCCCCUCCCCCCUCUACUUGACAGCAUCAUUGGGUGGGUAGUGCCUUCUCUGGGGACAUUACUGGGGGCCCUAGCCUCCAUUCUGAGGGGGUGGUAUUGGGAGAUUACACCCUGUUUUGGAGGUGGUGUUUCUGUUUCUAGUUUGAAGCCAUGUCAGGAUCAACUCCAAAACAGACCUCCAGUCCGCAGACAGUUGCUGGUGUUCCGGAUCCUGCUCCUGCUGGACCUGAAGUCCCAACUGACAGCUCCUUUGGUGAGCAAAACCUAAGCUUCACCACCACAGACCUCAACCUGGUGGAAAUGACGGAAAUAGAGUACACCCAGCUUCAGCACAUACUCUGUUCACACAUGGAGGCACAAGCAAACGAAGGCGAAAUGGAAGCUAGGCUCAAUUCUGCUUUCUUCUCAGCUAGUAAUCCUGCGGAUCAACCUCAGCACCAGUCCUCAGUGAACACCAAUCAAGCUGGCUAUCCAUCAUACUCUGGGAACCAGUCAGUUUACCCAGUUAUCUGUCAGUCAGGUCUGUCUUCUGACAGCAAUUUAAUGGGUUCAAACCAGUGUCUGGGGCACAUUGACUUUCAAGAGCUCAGAAUGAUGCUACUUAGUGAAUCUAAUCUCGCUUCUAAUGAAGUAGAUAAAACACCUAAUAGCAGCUCUGUAGAAGUCACAGGGCACAGUAUAGUAAGAGUUAAACAUGGUGAAAAUUUUGGUGGGACAAAUAAAGAAACUGUACUUGUUGAAACUUCAGCACCAGCUCCUGAGCCUAGAUCUAAAUCUGCAGUUCGUGUUCGUUUGGAAGACAGAUUCAACAGCAUCCAGACAGAAAAUCCCAGAUGUCAAGAGCCACAAGACUCUGGAGUGACUCUUAACAAUUUAGUAACGCUUAUUCGUCAACCAGCAGAACUAAUGGGUGUGCCUCUUCACCAGCAGCAGAAUAAAUGUACUACAUUAGUGAAAAAUAAGACUGCUGCUGCAGCUACUGCUUUACAGUUCACAUAUCCAUUAUUUACUAUGAAUGCCUGUUCUACUUCUGGAAGUGCUAACCCUUCACAAACACAGAACUCUGGCACAUCAUGUACUAUUCUGGAAGCUGCCAAACAUCAAGACCUUGGAUUACCUAGAACAUUCUCUUUCUGUUAUCAUCAGGAAAUUGAAUCCACUAAACAAACAGUAGGCACUAGGAAUAAAGCUUUACCUGAACAAGUUUGGAUUAAAGUAGGAGAAGAAGCUUUAUGUAAACAAGCAAUAAACAAAAGAAGUCGCAGCAGAAUACGCCAGUUGGAUGCAAAUGUAGACCGCAAACCUCUUAGUGAAAUUCAAAAUAUAUGUGAUAGCCAAAAUACUGCAUCUACACAAGGUACUUGGCAGUCAACACAGGUAAAUUCAAGUAUGCAGGCACAGAGUGGAACUCAGGGAGGAAUCUCUCAGCGCCGGGAGAGACAUAACCGCAUGGAAAGAGACAGAAGGCGCAGAAUCCGGAUUUGUUGUGAUGAAUUGAAUCUUCUGGUUCCAUUCUGCACUGCUGAUACUGAUAAGGCAACAACAUUACAGUGGACAACAGCAUUUUUGAAAUAUAUUCAGGAAAGGCACGGGGAUUCCCUGAAAAAGGAAUUUGAGACUGUGUUCUGUGGUAAAACAGGCAGGAGACUAAAACUAACAAGAGCUGACUCAUUAGUAACAUGUCCAAUGCAGGAAAACAUACAGAAUACCACAGCAAUGGAGAUCAAGUAAUUUGAACUACAUACCCAGCGUUUUAUGGAAAGUAUUGAUACCUAAUGAUGUUCCAUAGCAAUUAUUUUAUGUCCACAUACUGGACUUCAUCUCCUGUGACUAAUUUGAAAUUGAAGGAUCCAAGAGUGACUUGCAAAAUAUAAUUUGUAAAAAUACAUAAAUAGAACAGUAAAGAAAACAUUCUUUAUUCAAAAUGGAAAGAUAAAUGAAUUACCAACAAUAUUAAUUGAUCAGUGUCCUCUUAGAGAGCUUUGGGACCAGAAGCAACAAGAAAAUGUCAUGACAGCCACUAAAUUUUUUUUCCCCCAAUAGUUACCAAAAUCCAUUUUAACUUGAUAUAAUAUAGUUAGAAAUUGUUAUAGACCAUCAACCUGUCCUGUUGUAUUUAGUCAGUCAUGAAUGUACAUGCCUGUUAAAUGUAAAAUAAAUAAAUAAAUAAAUAAAGAUGCCAUUAUAGUGCCCAUUUCACAACUGAAACAGUGAGAAAAUUAAAUUGGUUAGCGCUUGUAUAAUAAGUACACAUCUUACAAACAUUAUUAUAUGCAUUGGAAUUCAAAUUUGAAGUUCAUAUUGAACCGUACAUCCCCAUAGGACUAAAGAAUCAUACAAUGCUAUUGGCAUUGCUUUUAAAAUACAGUAGUAUUUUAAAUACUUCUUGCACAAACUAUCCAACAAUUUUCCUGUAUUGUUGCUUUAGUCCAAAAGUGGUAUACUGUAAACGGUGAAUUAUUUAAGUGCACAAAAUAUUUUCAUAUUAAAAGAGUAGAAAUGUCUCUACUUGUUAAUAAGAUGCAAUGUUCAGGACAGAAAUAGUAUAUUUUAUGAACUGAAAAAGUGGCUUUAUUAAUUUCUUAAAACAGAUGAUGCUGACAGGUUUUAUAGUACAAAAAAAAGUCACCCCAAAAUAAAUACUGUUUUAAAUCACGGA